CCUCUUCCUCUCCCUCCUCCUCCUCCCACUCCCCCUCCUCUCCCUCCUCCUCGAUGUGACUGGAAAACACAACUAGUGACCUCACAAAGUACACCUCUGCCAGGUUUGCCUUCUCCCAUUCCAAGCACCCCAGGCCAUGAGCUCUCAAAUAGGCCUAUCACUGGCACUUUCUGGUACAAGGAAGCUGCCAGAAUCUGGUGUCACUCCAACUCAUCACAGGGUGAGACCCUGCGAGAGAAUCACUCUCUCAGCUUCCAAGAGGCCUCCUUCUGGAAAGACCCUAGACACAGGCUGAUAGAGGCUGGAGAACCCCCUUUCAUCAAUCCUGAUGUACAGGAGAUGCUGGAACUGCAGAUUAGCAAGAGGGUCGAACUAAAACUCUGGAAAGGGAGAGAGAAAGAUAGAUCAGCCCAUUCCUUGAGCUACAUGGGUGAUCUGCUGCAGUCGUGGAGCAGGGAGCAGGCCAUUACCUGCAAGCCAGAGCAGUUCUUAGGUCACCAGCAGCUCUUGUACAAGAAGGUCUUAGGGAACAACGUACAGCAGGACUGUAGGCAGCUUUUCUGGGGCCUCCCCUUUCUCCACAGUGAGUCCCUUAUGGUGACUGUCAACAUGGCAGGCUCUUCACUAGAUCCCCCCUCCAUCUUAUUCAAUGGACUCUCCACUUACAACUCAAUACAAGUUGAGAGGAGUGUACCUUCACAGCUCAUCUCUCCAAAGCCCUUGCUUCAACACUUGGUUGAAUCCCAACCGUGGGCUGAAAACCUCUCCUGGCCCUCUUCUCCAGUGUCUGGAAUCAAAACCCAGGCCUAUGACCCAUCCUCUCUCCCAAGCCAACCACCCCAUCCACCUCCAACUAAGGAUUGUAAGACUUCUUGCCCCACAGCUACAAGAUCCCAAUUUAUUGUCCCACCUGCUAUUCAAUGCCUAGAGAAAUACCUCUUGAAGAAGUACCAAGAAAGUAGGAACGGUUUACCUGACAUGGUUAAAAAGUCACAGGAAACCUUUAAUCAACUCACUUCCAACAGUCUGGCUUCCCAGGGACAGGGAUCUGUUCCCCACCUCCUGGAGGAGUUCUCUCACCCUGAGCUUGAGGAGCAGUGGGAACAAUACUUGAAUAACAGUUGUGGGAAACACGGGGGCCACACGAUCCAGCUGUCUCCCGAUCUGACAAAGGCUGAGGACAAACUCCCAGGUCAUGCAGAAGAUAAUCAAGGGACUUCAUGUUCCUCAGCACGGGCAGAUGAAAGCAGCCAGCAUCUACAGAGGCUCUCAUCAAAGGAUCCAGAGAUAGUCCAGAUAGUGAAGGAUCCAUGCAGGGAUCUGACAGACUCUCCAGGAGGAUCUCAGAGUGAGCUGCACAGAAUCGCAGAGAGAUCCCUAGACAAAGGUCUAGAGACUAUCUCUGCGACAGAGGUAGAAAACUGCUGUGUGAGACAGCCAAGUGACUCACCAAGUUCCCAGCCAGGGGCACCAGGAGAUCAGCAGCUCCAAGGCUUACUGAGAAGGAACAGUAGCGAGUGGGGGUGUUAUGAUGACAGUACGGUGCCUGUGGGCACUUGUCGUGAAACUCUUGUGGACUGCGAAAUGGUCCCUCCUAAAAACUCAGAGACACAUAUGGAAGACUCAGAGAGACCUAUGGAAGACUCAGGGACAUCUGUGGAAAACUCAGAGACAAAUUUUAAAAACCCAGAAACAAAUAUGGAACCUCAGACAUCCUUCAAGGACACUUCUACUGGGCUUUCCUUCCUAGAUCCCAGCACUCAGCAGGUACUGGACACACAUCUCACAAGACGCCUGGUGAAGCACAGAUGGAUCUUGCCCCUCAGAGGCCUCAAGACCAUACAACUUUUCAACAUGAGCAAGCCUGUAGCUUUGCCAUUUCCACAACCCCCAACUCCCUCUUGGACUUGCUGGGACUCUAGAGAUGACUCCACUGUCAAAACAGCUAGUAUCCUGGGAGAGCCUUUUCAGAAAGGCUUAGAAGAGGAUUUGAAAACAAAAACAGCUUCAGGUGCAAAGACCCCUCCUGCUGCCCUCUGCCUCCAACUUCCAAAUAGAACCCCACCUAAUGACAACUUAUGGCCCUCUGAGGUCCCUUCAACUGUCCAGAAGGACAAUGUGACCUCCUUGUGCACCACACACAACCCCAGCAAUAAAGUUCUAGGACGUCCGAAUGACAACCCGGAGUCAGGUUCAAACCCAGUCAAGAGUGGGUGUGAGCCACGGAAGAAUGAGGGUGUGGCCAGAGAUCUCUCCCGUGGGCUGUCUGUUCAGGAGAUCACUGUGGCCUCCCAGUUAGCAACUACCAGAGAAACGAGGGAGCUGGAGGAGGAGAAGGAGUCCUGUGGCUGGGCAAUCAACAUGGAAACCAGGGAGAUGGCAAACUCUCAAACUAACAAUGGAGGUCUGAAAUCCCUGCAAGCCAGUGAAGGGCAAUCCCCUUCCCAGACCACUUCCCAGGAUGCGGAAGAUUCAGCUCCCGGGAUCAUCCUGCAGGACUAUGCCACUGGCAUUUGCUUCCAAGGCUGCUCCCCAGACAUCCUGCUGGCUGCAGAUAUUUUAGCCUCCCAGCCCCCGCAAACUAGCUUCAAGACGGUGUCCACUACCAGCAUAACAUCCUCCAAGGACAUAUACCCUUUCUUGUCAAGAGGGAAUGUCCCCAAGAAUCCCAAACCUGAAAAACCAUGGACUUGCCAUAUCCUUGGUCCAACUGACAAAAAAGAAGACUGGAGGGGUCCCAGGCAGGACCUGUACCUUUCAGAGUUGAGACCUGCCCAAGCCUACAGAGCAGAUAUUCAUGAAAGCAAUCCCUCCCCUCUUACUGAAAAGACAUUUGGGGGCAGGGUAAAAAACUUUAUGAAAGACUUUAUGUCAGUUAUAACUACUAAAAGCCAAGUGCCGGAGAACUCCCUGCAAAAAGUCAAGGCCUCAGCAGCCACGCCCCAAAGUCAAGCCUCAGUCAUGAGCAGGGGGGUGUUCAUGACCCCACAGGUGGCUGAGGCUCAAGGCCUGAUGCCCUCUGUCAGGCCUAUUCUUCAGGAGAAAGCAGUGGUUGGCCCUGCCAGAUCAGCCUCAAAGAAAAGUUUGCACAGAGAACCACCCCAGGGUCCCGCGAGUCCACAUGUCUGUCUCCGCAGGAGUGCUACUGCAGAAAGAAGCGAAACACUCAGAAAUAAUCCCAAGGUACACAGCCGACCUUCCACACACAAAUGGAUGGACUACAACAGCCAGGCCCAGCUGUGCAGUGAAGCUGUGUGCAGAGCUAAUAAUGCCUGUCAGCACAGGGUCCAGUCACUGUGUGUCCCAGGCAUUCCUGUCCACUGUCCCCGGCACUGUCUCUGUAGAAGUGAAUGUCCCCAUUAAAAUUUUUUUUUCCAAAAAAAAA